AUUCAUUGCGGAUCGUAGGAUAUUUGUGGUCGGAUUUGGACUCUAUGGUUCGAUUCAUGGGCCCAUGGACUACGAUGUAACUCUUCAGGUAAUUCACACUGCCUCAGGAAACGUAUGUGGAUUGAACAGCACCAGUUUCAGUUGUGACGGGAACAGUUACACGUUUAGAGUCAUGUUCAAGGAGCCUGUAGAGAUUGUCCCCAACACGAGCUACACAGCCUGUGCUACACUGAAGGGACCAGACUCACACUAUGGUACACGUGGGCAGCGCAAAGUGGUAGUGGACUGUCCGAGUGGAGGCAAAGUCACGUUCCAGUUCUCAUACGCGGCAGGCAACAAUAACGGCACCUCAGUCGAGGACGGUCAGAUCCCAGAGAUUCUCUUCUACACUUAGGGAACUGGCGAACAUCAUUUGGAAAGGGACUCACGAGGCUGUGAUCAGAAAAUUGUGUCCGUUUCAGAAUUCAGGGCCUACACAAUUCUGUUUCUGGUAUUGAUCGUACACAUUGUACACUUGUAUUUGUAUUUUAAUUGUUUGUAAUGUUUAUUCACAGUAAAUGUAAGUUAAUGACUGACUAUUUUUUAGAGAGUACAAUUAGACGUAUACUAAAGAGAAAAUGUGUAUUAAUCACAUUUGUAAUUUAAUUACAAAUGUUGAAACAUUGUCAGGUUUUUAUGUUAAUUUAAAGAAACUGUUGAUGUUUUUUUUUGUUUGAUUUAAUUUAUAAUAUUGGAUUAUCAUGGUAUGGCUGUUUGUGUUACUUGUGUAUCGUUUUAUUACGUAUAAAUGAAAAAGUUUUUAUUUGUAAUUGUUUUUAAAUCACUUUGCUUAAUAAUUGCAAAUAACUGUGUAAUAGGAAAGCAGUUAGUGAUUACCAAUGAUUACUUAUUGACAUUAGAGGGAAUUGAUGUUUGCAACUGAUAAUUAUGCUUCUCUCGGAAGCCAUAUUUUUGGAUGGUGCUUUAAUUUGUAAAUACACACACACACGUUGUUGUA